UUGCACUUAAACAUUGCGACUGCGAUUUUGACUUGGAGGUCGCCAGACAUAGCACACUUUCGACUCCAAUAGGUGCCGGCAAUAUGGAGCCCCCCGCAAAACGAUCACGAUUCGGCCCUUCGCCCUUCGAUGAGGAGGACAACGAUGACGAACUGUUUCACGAACCCGAGGAGCUCAAUGCCAGACGCGACCCCGCCGUUCAGCUUGAAAGAUCACGCGCUGUUGCUGCUUACAAGCUGAAAUCCUCGUGGGAAUCCAUCUUCGAAAAGUACGGGAAGGAUUUUUCUGGCGUUGGUGAUGAGAUUGAUAUUAGGACUGGCCAGGUCGUUGUGGACAAUGGCCACAUACGUUCUCUUGAGGAUGCCUCCGACAUCCGGUCCGAAGCAGGGUCCGUCCAUGAGGAGGAAAGAAUAUUACACGGGAGAGGGGGGUCAAACGCAGUUGUGCCAUACAAUAACCGGCCGGCGGGUAUGCAAUCACUCCUUUCAGGCCCUCCUCGACUGUCAAGCUUGAUGUUCCCCCCUCGGUACGAGCCCUCGACUCCCGCCCGCCUUCUAAAUCACAAUAUCGAGUCCGCCUGGGAAGUCCCGGACCUCCCCGCGCAGGCGUUUGAGACAGCGUUCCAAACGGGAUCGACAACCUCAACUGUUGCUAGGAGAGUGACAGUGAAGUCCCUGCUUUCGCCUCGGGAAGAUGAAGUUGACGAGGACGACAUUCUGCUGGGCACGUCUUCCUCGCGGCUGGCAUCUACUACGGCGAAUGCCACCACCAUUCAACGAACCAAGGAACCCCAACCUUCUUCGGCCGUACCUGGAAUCGGUAGCCACAAGCCGAUUUCCGAGCCUGUUUCCGAGAGAAGGGUGGAAGAUGCGGCAGGGACCCAAUCUCAAUCUCCACAACGGAUGAAGCAUAAAGGUGUUGUCAGAAGUCCGACUUCUAGAGAUCGUGGGAGAAGGAAAGCACAAGUGGUCAUAUUGCAGGACAGACAGAAGUCACCUCCUCCGCCAGAAUCGGCCACCAAUGACCUCGAAGACGAGAUCAUACUGGGGCCCAGUGUUCCGAUUCAGCAACAAACGGAACCAGCGAGCGGCAGCGGCGAAAAGACUCAGUUGGUAGUGGCCACUAUUAGGCGGCGGCAGCGGAACAGACUCAACCCCAGACACGCAGUUCCUCCGUCAUCUGAGCUUGGAAAUCGUCCAAGAAGGGAGAUAAAAGAGCCGGUCCACUUUGUUAAUAUUUGCUUUCCAAAUGAGAGAUCGCCGAACGGGGUCCGCCGCGAAGACCUUAGCAGAGCGCUGAUUUUAAGACACUCCGCUCCAAGAGACAAGAGAAGGAGACAUGUGCGCGAAGAUGCAUCGCGGAAGACAGCUCAAGCGUUGCCAGCCCCUCGACCUAGGCGGGACGAUCAUGACCACGGCACUGCUCCAGACUCGACACGGGCCCAGGACACCGCUCACCCCACACGGUCUUCCAACCUUCUGGAAACGUUCUCAAGAAACAUGGUUGAUCCAUCCUAUAUCUUUUCUGACGAUGAUGAACCCACAGCGCCGAGCAGAAGACAAAUUGGACGGUUUACAGAUCUAUCUAAUGGACGGGUCUCAAGGACUCUGCAAGCAUCAUUGCGCACCAAGAACGGGCAAAAGAAGCUCAUGGAUUCCGGGUCGUUACCUGCUCUCGGAAAGUCCUUUUAUCCUGUGACGAAGCAUCUUCCCUCGACGGAGCUGUCGGAAAGGAAGAUUCUUCAUGGCGGGAGACCAGUGCUUAACCCGACUUUGUCCAACACCGUGCAACACCCAACCACUCACGACUUCCCAAAAGACGCCAGGCCAAACUUGAGGAAAAGAAAAGAUCCACCGUCAGCUGCAAGCGCGGAGGAACAGUUCUCGCCGAGCAAGGAGUCAGGCACAGUUGCUACUGAGACGAAAUCACCCGCAAAGGAGCGCAGCGUUGCGGUCAGGGCAAAGCCGCCAGUGACCCCUGACCGCGUAACCCAUCAAACCACACCAGACACGAAGCCGGCCUCGUCUUCGCGGCUCAGCAUCGUCUCCCUCGUAUCCGAAGGCGAAGAAGACGAGCUCUCGCUCGACCACGUCAGCCUCCCCUCGUCCAGCCGCCAGCUCGUCCUCUUCAACAGGAGUCGUCCAUCGCCGAUCGCGGUGGCCUCGAUGAGGAUCUUGGCCAUGAGGGCGAGGCGCAGCCGGCUCGACCAGCAGCAUACCAAGUCGUCCCCAUUGUUGGCUAAGACACGGGCUACCCCGGUCGCUGCGACGAGGAAGUUGGUGGCUAGCAGUCCUACUACUAUAGACCCCGACUUGGUCAGGACCCCGGGAGGGUCGUUACGUAGAUGCGGGGAGGGCGGUUUCCGGUGCGAACGGGAUUUCUGCUUCAGUUGUUUGUAGUUAGUUGCGUUCCACACACAUACAUAGACCAAGCAAUUUGUGUGGAAGUGCCCAAGAAGACGUUGCUAUGAGCAUCACCUCUGCUAAAAUAUAAUAAGGAACCCUGGUUUAGGAACCAUGGAUUCUUCUGAUCGAUCGUCUCCAAGCUUUCGAGCGAGACUUGCUUACAAAGUCGAC